ACAUCAUCAGUUUUCCGGUGACUAACAAAAAUUUCUCCUUUUGUUUCCCUCUUCCUUCCCUUUCUUCCCCAACUUUCCUGAGAAUCUGAAGCAAAAUCAUCAGGAAAAUGUUACAGAAGCAGAAGAGUUUUCAUUUUUUCUCACUCUUCUUCUUCUUCUCCUUCUUCUCUCUUUCUCUCUCAAACCCAGAAACCACCGCCCUGCUGGCAUUCAAAUCCUCCGCCGACCCCUUCAAUUCACUCUCCUCCUGGGUCGCCUCCUCCGACCCCUGCUCCGGCUCUUGGUUUGGCGUCGCUUGCGACCCGGCGACCCGCCGAGUCACCCGAAUCGUUCUCGAGAAUCUCAACCUGACCGGUUCGGCUCAGCAGCUCACCCAACUCUCCCAUCUCAAGCUCCUCAGCCUCAACCGCAACCGCUUAUCCUCCUCCCUCAACUUUUCCGCGUGGCACAACCUCAACCACCUGUACCUCUCCCACAACCGCUUCGACGGAGCCCUUCCAGCCGGAAUCUCCCUCCAACGCCACCUCCGGGGCCUCGACCUAUCGCACAACCAAUUCUCCGGCGAAAUCCCACUGGACGAGUUCGCUCAGCUGCCUCACUUGCUAACUCUCGCCCUCGAGUCCAACUCGUUCACGGGCAUCCUCGCCGCAGCGGACUCGAUGUCUCCAUCGAUUUCGGACUUCAAUGUUUCGCACAACAACAUCACGGGUGAAAUUCCGCCGUGGCUGUCCAGAUUCCCCGCGACGUCGUUCGCCGGAAACGAGAAUCUCUGCGGCAACCCAUUGCCGAACAAAUGCUCCGAUCCAACGGCCGCUAAAUUGCCCGUACAAUCCCGGAACCGACACGACAGCGUUUUCAGCAACGCUGCGCUGCUCGCGAUCAGUAUCGUCGGCGCAGCUAUUACGCUUUUAGUGGUACUGUUGGCCGCCACGUGGUACUGUCGCACUAAAAAUCGCGGGGCCCACAGGGAGACAGCCAACGGAUACGGUUACGUGAGCAAGCAUUACGGGCCAGGAGAGUUCCCGAGACAGAAGAGUAAAAGUGGGGCCCAAUUGGCCCAGUGGGUCCAGUCUUAUGGAAAUGGGCCUGGUGGUGGGCCGAGAGAAAGCGAACACAUGGCGGUGUUGGAAGGGUGCAGGGGCGUCGACAAGGUGGGGGAUCUGCUGAAGGCGUCGGCGGAGAUGCUGGGGAAGGGGAGCGUGGGGGCCACUUUCAAGGUGGUGAUGGACGGCGGAGAUACGGUGGUGGUGAAGAGGGUGAGGGAAAGGAGAAAUGGCGGGAAGGAAAUCGAUGGGUUUUUGAGGCAGAUUGGCGGGCUGAGGCACCCCAACAUCGCCGCCCUCGGUGCCUACCACAAUUCGAGCCACGAGCUGCUUUUGGUCUACGAUUUCUUCCCGGGCGGAAGCUUGCAUUCCGCGCUGCACGGAAACCGAGGACCUGGAAGAACGCCGCUUGCUUGGGCCGCAAGGUUGAAGCUCGCUGCCGGGUCUGCAGAGGGACUGGCCUUCCUCCAUGGCUGCAGCAAAUCCAAGCUCUUGCACGGAAACCUCACUUCGUCGAACAUAUUGGUAGAUCGAAUGGGGAACGCCUGCCUUGCCGACAUAGGCCUCCAGCAGCUCCUCCCUGCUCCGUUUUCAUCAACAAGUGCAUACAGAGCUCCUGAACUGAUGGUGUCCAAUAAUAAAACUCCGAGAAAGUUUACGCAGAAAUGCGAUGUUUAUAGCUUUGGGGUGGUUCUGCUGGAGAUUUUGACGGGGAGGAUGGCGGUGGAAGAAGGUGAGACGAAUUUGGUGGGGUGGGUUAAGACGGCGGUGCAGAAAGAGUGCAAUACAUGGGAACUAUUGGAUUUUGAGCUGUUGGGGGACAGAGCAAUGGAGGGCGAAAUGUGGGCUCUUUUGGAGGUGGCCCUGCUCUGCCUGACUCCGUUGCCUAAAGAUCGCCCGACGAUCAGCGUUGUGCAUCGGAUGAUCGAAGGCAUUCCGAACACGGGUGUUAGACAAGAUGGGGCUAAGUUUAUUUUAGAUGAGCUCACUUCUGGUUCUUCUUCAUCUUCACAUUCUGCAAGAACUUCAUGAUUCCCAAAAGCUUCAUUGUGCCUAAUUUAAUGCAUAGUAUGUUAAAUGUUUUGUAAGAAUCAUUGAAUAAAGAGAAAUUGCAAAAAGAC